CCACCCCCCUCAAAAUCUUUUCCCAUCUCGCCGUUUCUCAAAGAAACACAAAAUUCCCCAUCUCGCCGCCGCUCACCGUUCGCCCACCGCGUGCCGCCGUUCCCCGCGCCGCGCCACCUCACCUAUCGCCCCGUCGCAGUUCCCCUUGCCCGCGGCUCCCACAACCGCGCGCCGCCGCCGCCGCCGCCGCCGCCGCGCUUAGUUUCUGCCCCACCAGAGGCCAGCGAUGGCCGCGUCCGAGAGCUCACUGACGAGGACCGCCUCGACCUGCGCCCCGGAGACUGCGCACGGGUCGCACGUCUUCAAGAUCGACGGGUACAGUCUGCACAGGGGCUUCGGGGUCGGCAAGUUCAUCCAGUCCGCUACCUUCGCCGUCGGCGGCUACGACUGGUGCCUCCGCUUCUACCCAGACGGCAACAGGGAAGACAGCAAUGGCUGGGUGUCGGUCUUCCUCGAUCUCAAGACCGAGAACACGGAGGUGAGGGUGCUCUACGAUAUGUGGCUGGUCGACCAGACCAGAGCGGCUCCGCUGCCGCAGCCUUAUGCCCGGCCAAACCCUAGCGAGAGAGACCUGUCCGUUUUUGACACCCGUGACAAUGCAGCCGCGAGCUGGGGCUUUACCAAAUUCCGGAGGAAGAGUGAACUUGGAGAGUGGAUUGUGGACGACUUUCUUGGCAUCCAGUGCAAUCUUACGGUGAUCAAGUUCAAGGAGGCGCAGGUGGAGGAGGUCGAGACGAAUGCUGUGGUCCAAGUGCCGCCGUCCGAUCCGUUUGAUAAUCUCAGCAGCUUGCUGGAGGCCACAGAGGGGGCUGAUGUCUCUUUCAAUGUGAAGCAUGAGGUUUUCUCAGCUCAUAAGAUAAUCCUCGCGAUGCGUUCAGCGGUCUUCAGGGCAGAGUUCUACGGGCCAAUGAGGGACGAACAAAGGCGCAACAUAACUGUUGAAGAUAUGCAGCCUGCUGCUUUCAGAGGACUUCUUCACUUCAUCUACAAGGAUUUGUUGCCUCCGAUGGAUGAGCUCAAUGAUGAAGAGUAUGAAGAAAUGCUUAGGCAUUUUCUUGUCGCUGCAGAUAGGUAUGCCAUGGAAAGGAUGAAAUUGAUGUGCGAGAGCAAGCUGUGCGAGGUUCUUUGUGCCGACACUGUGGCGACCACGCUAGCUCUAGCCGACCAGCACCAUUGCAGCCAGCUCAAAGAUGCUUGCAUUGAGUUUAUGAACUCUUCUAAUAUAAUUGGUGAUGUGGUGGCCAGUAAAGGGUAUGAGCAACUGAAAAGGGAAUGCCCUACUAUCAUUGCGGAUAUAUGGGAGAAAGCAGCUAAGAGUCGCAAAAUUUAGUGUGCUGAUCGUGGAUUAACAUGAGUGUAGUUACUUAAGUUGAAACCUUAGCAACCUGAGAUUAGUUUGUCUUUUGGAGAAACGUAAGUUCCACAAAAUGUUUGUGAUAUGUUCUGCUCUGUUAUAUGAACCUACUCUAUAUCCGUAACAUUCUCUGAUAUGUUUUGCUCUGUUGACUAGCAGUACAUUUACUGCUUAUGUUUUUCCUUUUAUGUGCCCA